AUGUCACCCAGUCCGGCGCCUCUGAAUUUGGAGUUUGGCCUGUCAUACGGGUCGCGCCUUGAUGCUUUUCCUUGCCCAGUUUUGCUCAAGUCCCCCUGGUGUGUCGGGGAGGACCUGGGCAAAAAGCCAAAGCUUGAUUCUGAAGCCAGACGGGCAUUUGCACGUACUUGCGGCAACGAUGACCACCGGUCUGUGCGUUCUCUGCAACGUGGAAGUGACCGAGGACGAUCACCGUCGACUGGCUUUCCUUGCCCGGCGAUUCUCCAGACUGGCAAACCCUGUCCGGGCUACGUCUGCAAAAUGCAUGUCUUUUUCCCAUCAAAUCAAAAGAAGAAACAAGCACGUCUCGAGGCCGCUAUUGCUGCCGCAGCUGCGUCAAAGCAGCGGCCUGUGCCUGUUAAGGCAAAAGCCGGCGCGCAGGCUGCUAUCGCCGCAAUGAAGUUUGCUACUUCGGCAGGCGUUCCGCAGGCAGUUUGUCAAAAGCCCUCAAGGGCUGCUGUUAAAGGACCCGCUAAUGUUAGCGCUAACACUCAGACCCUGACUCCAAGCGCCAAUCAGAAGCAGCGCGCCAUUCCCGGCUUGGAUGUUGAGGCCUUCGAAGGCGCUCUUCCACGGAAGUCUCGGCGUGCUAAGGCGCAGUUGAAGGCUGCAGUUGGUGGUGUAAGGCAGAGCAUCGACAGCCACGCGGCCGGUGCCUGGCAGGACAGUAACGAAGAUAAUAGCCUGGGUGGUGGAGACUCAAGGCAGCGGGAAACUGUGUGGGAUGCGUUCGCCAAAGCACCAGAUUGGAGCAGUAGCUUGAACUAUUUUGAUCUUUUAAACCAGCGCAAUAACUCUGAACACGAAGGCCAUUUCAGUGCCGCGCUUGCGAAGCGAAUUGUGGGCGGCACUGCGAAGGGGUCGUCGAUGCGGUAUGGCGCCGCCCAUGAACGAGAGCGCAGCGUUGCGACACCUAACGAAAGGAAUUUCCAACUGGCCCUUUCACGCGACAACAAUAGCGAUGGCGACAGUGUCACACCAGCCCUAGACAGUUGCUGGGACCUGGAGCUCUUGGACUCGCCGGCAAGCGACUUGGAGGCCAUGAAAAUCGGCAAUGGGGGUAUCUUGAGCGACACGACAUCGUCCGAGAUACUGGCCGACCAGACGGACGACCCGCCGGUCGAGUUCGACAUCGUGUAUAGCGCUGAGGACGGUUCGUACUUGGUGCUUGAUGCCCUUUCUAACUUGUAUUUCAGGCUGGAAGACGUGUACAGCACGUCGCCGGAACUCACUGAGUGCACCGGGGAGGAUGGUAACUUGUACACGUGUGUUCUAGUCCGAAGGUCGCAUUUGGAAUUACGGGCUCAACGGCAGCAGGCAUGGCUGGAAGCGCAGGAUCUCCAGGAGCAGCUUCAGCAGGACAUGAUGUUAGCAUCGACACCGCCUGGGGAGGAGCUUACGAUGGGGUCGCAUUCCUUACACUCCGCCGAGCCUUCGCCUUCACCGACGACCGAACGUGCCGUCGACGUCAUCACCAGUGGAGCGUCGGCGCAUGAAUCAUGCGAGGAUGAUACAGAUGUUGCGAGUCUGAUGCAGUUACUUGCCAAGCUCUCAAUCCCAAGGGUUCAAGCAUACCAAAACCCUAAUGGCGCUUGA